AUGGCGAUACUGAAAGCUUUCCAUUCACAAGCUGGUCACGUUGCAGGGCUGCGCAUGAGAGCCAUCCUUGCUUGGCUUUGCCUCCUGCCUGCCUUGCGGCUAAAGGCUGAAGACCUAGACUCCAACUGCAAUCUCUCGGAGUCGGAAGGGGCUGAUCUGGCCCUCUUGCAGUCGUCGAAGCUCCAUGACUCCAGCCGCUCCCAGGCGCGUCUGGAGGCGCUGCUGCAACGGGCAAGUGAGGCCUGCCCUAAGGCAACUGAGGAGUUCAUGGGGGCUCAAAAGAUAGCAGGGCAAAGGAUCCUAUUUUCGCGCAUUUUGGGGCCAUACUUCCUUCAUCCCACCUACCUUCAUGCCACCUUCUGA